AAGCCUUUGCUGUGCCGCCUGGUGUAGUAUUCAUUCGCGAUCACCAGUCUGACAGCCUCUUCUCCUACUGGCUGGAAGGGCUGUAGGUUGUCGGCAGCUUGAAUACCAUGUCCUCAAGCCACGAGUGAAGGGAAAAUAAAGAUAUAUCCUCAUUUGAAGAACCACUACCACAGACAUCCAUCCAGCAGUCAUGCUGUCCAGGCUGAGAUCCACUGUGCGCCCAUGCGUGGCCGCCUGCCGAUGGGUCCACACCAAGGAGAAGGGCAAGCCCCUCAUGCUGAACCCCCGCACCAAUAAGGGGAUGGCCUUUUCACUGGAGGAGCGUCAGAUGCUCGGGAUCCAGGGCCUUCUCCCGCCCAAGAUCGAGACCCAGACCAUCCAGGCCACACGCUUCCAGAGGAAUCUGUCGAAAAUGACUGACCCAUUGCAGAAGUACAUCUACCUGAUGGGGGUCCAGGAGCGUAACGAGCGACUCUUCUACCGACUGCUGAUGGACGACAUCGAGGCCCUCAUGCCCAUCGUCUACACGCCCACAGUGGGGCUGGCCUGCACACAGUAUGGACACAUUUUCAGGAGGCCAAAGGGUCUCUUCAUAUCCAUCAACGACCGAGGCCACGUUCGCUCCAUCCUGGACAACUGGCCUGAGACUGAUGUAGCGGCUGUGGUGGUGACGGACGGCGAGCGCAUCCUGGGAUUGGGCGACUUGGGAGUGUACGGGAUGGGCAUCCCGGUCGGGAAGCUGUGCCUCUACACGGCCUGCGGUGGAAUCAGGCCGGAGAAAUGCCUUCCCGUGUGCAUCGAUGUGGGAACAGACAAUGAGACUCUGCUGAAAGACCCCUUCUACAUGGGCCUGUAUCAGAAGCGAGAUCGCUCUCAGCUCUACGAUGACCUCAUUGAUGAGUUCAUGGAGGCGAUCGUGGAGAAGUACGGCCAGGACACCCUGAUUCAGUUUGAGGACUUUGGCAACCACAAUGCAUUCCGCUUCCUGAAGAAGUACAGGGAGAAGUACUGCACCUUCAAUGAUGAUAUCCAAGGCACUGCAUCAGUAGCCCUUGCUGGGUUGUUGGCAGCUCAGAAGGCUGUUGGGAAGCCCAUCACUGAACACAAUGUGUUAUUCCUGGGGGCUGGAGAGGCAGCCGUGGGAAUUGCCAAUCUUAUCACUAUGGCGAUGACGGAGGCUGGCAUGCCUCAGGCGGAUGCUAGGAAGAGGAUCUGGUUGUAUGACAAACACGGUCUGCUGGUGCAGGGCAGACCAGAGGGAACAGACAGUAACCAGGAGGCAUUUGUACACUCCAGUCCUGGAGAGGUCAAGACCUUCUUGGAUGCAGUCAAUGUUAUUAAGCCCACAGCCAUCAUUGGCGUGUCGGGGGCAGGCCGACUCUUUACGCAUGAUGUCAUCAAAGCGAUGGGCUCCCUGAAUGAACGGCCAAUCAUCUUCGCUCUGAGCAACCCCACUAACAAAGCAGAGUGUACAGCAGAGGAUGCCUAUACACUCACAGAGGGACGAUGCCUAUUCGCUAGCGGUAGCCCCUUUGACCCGGUCACAUUGCCAGACGGCCGUGUGCUGACUCCUGGACAAGGGAACAAUGCUUACAUAUUCCCAGGAGUGGCGUUGGCAGUGAUCCUCAGUGGAGUGAGGCACAUCAGUGACACAGUGUUCCUGGAGGCCGCUAAGACCCUGGCCGACCAGGUGACCGAGAAGGAGAUAAGCCAGGGAAGGCUGUACCCGCCUCUGUCCAACAUCAGGGAGGUGUCUGUCCUGAUGGCCAUCAAGGUGGUGGAAUAUGUGUAUGCCAAGGGAAUGGCCUUCCGCUACCCAGAGCCUCUUGAUAAGGACAAGUUUGUGCGGGCAACUCUCUGGAACACCGACUACGACUCUUUCCUCCCAGAUAUCUACGAAUGGCCCGGGGUGGGCCACUUGCCCUUAAAGUAGAGGGCCAACGGGGACGGAGCAUUUGGGACAGGUUAUGGUGUUGCGGGCAGACAGAUGGGUUAGGGAAGGUGUUAGAGAAAGGAAGCGUGACGAAGACAGCAGUGGAUUCGUAGGGUCACCAUCACCUCAGUAGACUCAGGCCAUCAAAUAUGAAAUAUGAAGCCAGUGAAAAUGGCACACACUCCAUGGUCAGUGGUUUUACCCCUAACUACUCGUCACACUUUUUUUAUGCUCUGAUUUGUCAUAUCCUAAUUUAUUCCCUUUACCUUGGGCACAUGAGGCUUCUUUUUUUUCAGUUUUUAUAUCAGUUAUACUUUAAGCCAAGCAAACACACUCCCCACAUAUAAGAUCACUUCUAAAUUGUAUUUGAAACGGGUUUUAAUUAUUGUAUUUCUUAGUUGAUUUGUCUUCAUUCAGUCCCCAUUUCAAUGUAUAGCAUUACAUGUUAUAACCAAGCAGGAAAGAGUUUGGAUUCAGAUAUUUCAGAUUCUUCAGGAGACACUGAACAUCAGAAAGGCCAGUAUUGUGCAGUGGACUUUAAGAAUGACCUUUAGUCUCAUUAAACUUUUGAGAGAGAUGUGGAUUGUUCUUACAAAUGUAUUUUCAAGAGUUCUAGUGUCCAAUGCAGUGUUGUAAUCUCCCCUAUUGUGUCCUGGUGGAAAUGUUGCCUAUAAAUAACCCUCAUCAGCUGUGAGUCAAAGGUAGAAUGAGAUGUCUGGACCUGUCUCCUUCCAGUACCUGUACUCAACUGUUUUUCUUGACAGAACAGAUAAAUAUGCCCUCAUAUAAUGUUGCGUAUAUGCCAUAGUUACUACACAGUUACACACGAGCAGCUAUCAAAUAUAUGUCAGCAUGGGCACUGUCACUUUUCCUUGCAUAAUUUGCAAUACACCAUCGGCUAUAAAAUAUCUUAUGUAAUGGCCUAGAUCACUAGCGUAGACACUUCACGCUCUUAAAAAGGUCAGGGAACAGAUGAUAGUACGGCAUGGAAUGCAUUUUCCCCUGACUGACCCUCUCUGAAGUGCCUAGAUUUCAAGAGACAUCUUGCUCAUUAACCAUUCCGUUACCGAGCCAAAGAUUUCAGCACAGUUCGUUUUAAUUAUUAUUUCAACAGAAAGACACUGCUGCAAGGUCUGAACCUAAUUUUAAGAUAACUUCAAUUGAAGAGGCACUUAAGAUGAUCGUUAUUGAUAUCAUAUCAUAUACAUAUUAAUACCCAUGUAGUAAUUUUUUGUUGAUUUUCACAUUUCACAUUUCACUUUGACCUGGACUAGAAGUGAGUCACUAGACUGAACUAUAGCUUUAUUUCAGUCUGGUAAUUGAACCACCUCUUUCCUGUUCCCCGUCUCGAUGACAAACGAGGAUUCUGCUGGGAUUUUCUUUACUUAUCGAUACCACUUUCACCCAGUGUAACAACGUGAGAUGUGAAGUGUUAGUGGUUUUACCCAGCUGUCUAUAUGUUGUUAAAGUGAAUGUUUAGUGUCUGUCAUGCUGGUUCAUCUAGUUAAAGCUCUUUGCCUCACCAGAACACUGUAAGUGCCCAGGUAUUUGUUUGCUUGUGAACCUCCUUGUUUUUUGUAUCAUUUCUGAUAUAUAGAAGUUUGCAUACGUGCAGUGUUAAUUUGGAGUUUAAUGGUUUAUUUUCGCUAUGCAAUGUUGCCUUAGCGUAUGAACGCACAAAACAGCACAUACAUUGGACCCGCUCCCUGUGUGUGCUCGAACAGAAUAAAUGAGAUUUUAGUUUUCAA